CAAAGUCGCGUUAACCUGGAGGAACAUACUCAAGCACAAACAGAGGGAAGGUCUGCCAGCCCUCAGGCAGGUAUGAUGGCCUUGCGUCCUCUCAUUGCCGUUUGCGGGACGACAGGAGUCGGCAAGUCUAAACUUGCGAUUGAGCUGGCUCUCGCGCUUGGGCAGCGCAAAGAAAACCGCACACAUGGAUACCACGGUGCUCGUAUCAUCAAUGCCGAUGCCAUGCAGGUAUAUAAGGGCAUGGACGUCAUCACAAACAAGGUUUCGCUGGAGGAGCAGAACGGCGUCGACCACCUUCUCAUGGAUUUCAAGCAACCUGGCGAGCAAUAUAUCGUGACCCAGUGGGUUCGAGACGCCAUGAAAGUGAUUGAUGAAACCCACCUACGCAAGCAAAUACCAAUAGUUGUUGGCGGUACCUCAUAUUGGAUCCAACAUCUUAUAUUUUCCAACCGACUAGUAUCCUUUGACCAAGCUCCUGCAGAGGAAGAGUUGAAACGCGAUCCGGGACCCAUGUCGGAACCCCUUGCGCGGUCCUUUGCCUCCCUGCCGCCUGAACUGCUCGACCUGUUAAAUACGUUACCCGAGCAGGGUCCAUCCGCUACCACUCAGCCAGAACUCGCUCAUUCACUGCAUGUCCUACUAUCUACCCUCGAUCCACCCACAGCUCAGCGAUGGCAUUGGCGCGACACCAGGAAAGUAUUGCGGAACCUGCACAUCAUUCGUGAGACGGGCCGUCGAGCCAGCGAUAUUUUAGCAGAACAGGCACAGGACACUGCUCGACCACGAUAUCGAACUUUAUGUUUCUGGCUAUACGCAAAGCCAGAGAUUCUGAAGCCCCGCCUAGAUGCCCGUGUAGAUGAGAUGGUACAGCAAGGGCUAUUGAAUGAAAUUCGAGCAUUGCGAGAGAUCGCCGACAGCGAAGACGAUUCAGAUACGGAAGCGCCCAUCACUGACUACACUCUUGGAAUAUACCAAUCCAUCGGGUACAAGGAGUUCCACAACUAUCUCAGUGCUCCCGAGCAUUCGGAAGAGGAGUUCAAACUUGCAAUCGAAAAUAUGAAGUCUGCGACGCGGAAGUACGCGAAAAGACAGAUUAUGUGGAUACGCAACAAGCUGUUGCAUGUGGCCAAUGCGGCGAACGGCGCAAGCCGCGCUGAGUAUGGGUUUGAUGUCACUCCAACCUACCUGUUAGAUGCAACUGAGCUCGGUAAGGCAUGGGACACAAAUGUGAGAACACUUGCAGAACAGAUUACUGAAGAUUUCUUGAAUGGCAAAGAUCUCCCUGACCCUUGUUCCCUAUCCGAAACUGCCCGUGAGAUGCUCAGCACUUCUGAUAAGCGUCCGAGGCAAGUUUCUCUAGUUGCAUUUGUUGACAUGCGGCGCAAACUGGUUUGCCCGACAUGUACGGUCAAUGAAGAACGGCCGGUCAUGAUCGCAGAGGGGAAGGAAUGGGAUGUGCAUAGCAAAUUGGAAGCACGGCGUAAACGUAUCCCGAAGGGACGGUUAUAA